CCUAUAAUAAAACUCAUGAUUACAUUUUAAAUUUCAAUGUAUUUUCGAGGUUAUUUUAGUUGUAAACGAUGAUUAUCAACAAAAAUACAAAAUUAAUAGGAAACAAAGUCAUUUUGGUACCGUACCAAAAACAACAUGUACCAAAAUAUCAUCAAUGGAUGCAGUCUGAAGAACUCCAAAGCCUUACUGGUUCUAUACCACUCACCCUAGAACAAGAAUAUGAUAUGCAACAGUCAUGGCAAAUUGAUGAAGACAAGCUAACAUUUAUAGUUUUGCACAAGGAAUCAUUUGAAGCCACUGAUGAUGAAGUGGCUUCCAUGAUAGGUGAUACAAAUUUAUUCAUUUUAUCAUCAGAUAAUAAGAAAGUAGCUGAACCAGAAAUAAUGAUAGCUGAACAAUCAGCUCAAGGAAAAGGUUGUGGAUAUGAAGCAAUGAUGAUAAUGAUGUGGUAUGGUAUAGAAAAACUAGAAAUUAAACAAUUCACAGCUAAAAUAGGGCAGGAAAAUGAAGCAAGUAUAAAAAUGUUUAAGAAAUUAGGUUUUGUACAAACUAAAGUCACUGAAGUCUUCAAAGAAGUAACAAUGGAGUUGAAUAUUGAUGAAAAUAUUGCAUCAAACUUAAAGGAAAAACUAAAAGGUUUAGAAAUAAAACAAUAUGAAUAAAUUUUGAUAAUAAUGUGGUGUUUUAACAAUACUUAUAAAAUAUAUCAAGCAAAUGAGUAUUAAAUAAUGAUUCUCAUAGUAAUAAAAUUAAGAAAGAUUCAAUUUAAA